GUCAAAUGUCAAAAUACAGCGAAUCAGUAUUCAGUUGUCAAAAAUUGUACUUUGUGCUAUCGUCACCGGUGUACAUAAUAUAAUAGUUUUAUUUUUUACAAUAAUAUAUUGCAUAUAAAAUGGCUACCACAGUGGCACUCAAAGGCUUCGAAGAAUUUUGUAAAUAUGUCGACAGUAUUGAUCCCAAGGGACCACCAGCGCUAAUUUAUUUCAGCGGAUCCAAGUUACCUGACGGGAACAGUUGGUGUCCGGACUGUGUUGAAGCGGAACCAAUAGUUAAAGCAUUCAUUGGGGAACUUCAGAAGGACAUCAUCUUUGUGUAUGUGGAUGUCGGAGAUCGGGACUAUUGGAAAGACAAGGCGUGUCCGUUCAGAACCGACGCGCGCUGCAAGCUGAUGGUGAUACCCACCAUCAUCAAGUGGAAGGGAGUGCAGAGGCUGGAGGGCAGCCAGUGCACCAAGCGGGAGCUCUUGCAAAUGUUGUUUGAAGACGAUGAUUAGAUGCUUUUCAGUGUUUUGUACAUUUCAUAUAACGUGGAAUAAGCGAUUGUCAAAUGUCUAAUAUUACUAGAAAUAUUUAGGAAUUACAUGCGUCCAUGGUGUGUAUGGUUUUUAUUCCUGAGGCCGGCAGACAAAAAAAAUGUCGCGUAAUUGUGGCGUAACUUUGAAAGCCUUGAAACGAAACACUCGAAUCAUGAAAAAAAUAAUAUUUAAUUUACCCAGAAAUGUCAUUGGUUCCUCAUAUUGCUAAUGUAUGAAAUUUGACAGUCUCAUCAUAUAUACAUUUUGUAUAAUAUAUCAAGUAAUCUUAAGCAAGUUGCAUUUAUAAAUAAAAGUAUUUUUCUUUA